AAGCCUGAGAUUUUAAUGUGCGCAGGGAGCCUUAUAGCCCGGGAACUGCGGUUUUCUCGAGCAAUGAUUUUUGCUGUGGAUGAGAUAAAUAAAAGCACAAAGCUGCUGCCAGGCAUCAAACUUGGAUAUAAAAUCUAUGACUCAUGUGCCUCUGUGCCCGUGGCUGUGCAUGUAGCAUUUCAACUAUCAAACGGUCAAGAUCCUGAGUUUUAUAAAAACAGAAACUGCUCACAAUCUGGUGUGGUGAUGGCUGCUGUGGGCGACUCUGCAUCAACACCAUCAAUGAGCGUGUCAAGCAUUAUAGGAUCCUUCAACAUCCCUCUUGUGAGCCACUUUGCCACUUGUGCCUGCCUGUCAGAUAAACAGCGGCAUCCAGCAUUUUUCAGAACAAUUCCCAGUGAUCAGUUCCAAGCUGAUGCUUUGGCCAAGCUGGUGAAACACUUUGGCUGGACUUGGAUAGGUGCUGUUCGCUCUGACUCAGAUUACGGAAAUAACGGUAUGGCAUCUUUUCUUAAUGCAGCACAGAGAGAGGGAAUUUGUGUGGAGUACUCUGAGUCAUUCUUUCGGACCGACCCACAAGGCAAGAUCAAGAGAGUGGCAGAUGUUAUCCGCAGAUCUACAGCAGUGGUUGUUGUGGCAUUUAUAGCAUCUGGAGAUAUGAGAGUACUGUUGGAGGAACUGGCUCUGGAGCCUCCACCACCACGUCAAUGGAUAGGAAGUGAGGGUUGGAUAACAGACCCAAACUUUCUGAGAUUUAAUUUCUGUGCAGGAGCCAUUGGAGUUGCCAUUCAGCAGUCGGUCAUCCCAGGACUCAGAGACUUUCUGCUUGAUCUCUCUCCCACUGAAGUAGCUGCCUCCUCUGUGCUUACUGAGUUCUGGGAAGAUGCAUUCAACUAUAAUGAUACAGGCAAGAGAGUGUGUGAUCAUACAGAAGACUUAAAAGCCCUCAAAAGCCCAUACACUGACACAUCUCAACUAAGGAUUACUAACAUGGUGUACAAGGCUGUGUAUGCAAUAGCUCAUGCCGUUCACAAUGCUGUGUGUAAAGAAACACAUUUCACCACUGAGUGUGACAGAAAUGUCAGACUGGAAAACAAACAGGUUUUAACUGAACUCAGAAAAGUCAAGUUUUCCCAGAAUGGUUAUCCUGUGUCAUUUGAUGCUAAUGGGGAUCCAGUGGCUUUUUAUGAACUUGUCAACUGGCAGACAAGUGACAGUGGAGUUAUUAAGUUGGUAACAGUAGGAUAUUAUGAUGCCUCACUGCCAAAAGGCCAGGAGUUUCAGAUAAACAGGAACAUAACCUGGGUGGAAGGUGGCACGCAAGUUCCAGUGUCAGUGUGCUCUGAGAGUUGUCCUCCAGGAACUCAUAAAGUGUUGCAGAAAGGAAAACCCAUCUGCUGUUAUGAUUGUAUACCAUGUCCUGAAGGAGAGAUCAGUAAUACAACAGAUUCUCCUGAUUGCUUUCCAUGCCCCAUAGAAUGCUGGCCUAAUACGGAAAAAGAUACUUGUUUCCCUAAACUUAUUGAGUUUCUGUCCUUUGAUGACGACCUGUCAAUCAUCCUGGCAGCAUUCUCUGUUUUUGGAGCCUGUCUGGCCAUCAUUACAGGAAUUAUUUUCUUUUGUCAAAGAACAACUCCAAUUGUCAGAGCCAACAACUCUGAGCUGAGCUUCCUGCUACUCUUCUCUCUGACUCUGUGUUUUUUAUGUUCAUUAACUUUCAUCGGAGCUCCCUCUGAGUGGUCCUGCAUGCUGCGGCACACAGCUUUUGGUAUCACCUUUGUUCUUUGUAUCUCCUGUGUUCUUGGAAAAACUGUAGUGGUUUUAAUGGCUUUUAAAGCUACACUUCCAGGUAGUAAUGCCAUGAAAUGGUUUGGGCAUCCACAACAAAAAAUGACUGUAAUGUUUUUCACAUUUAUUCAAAUUUUAAUCUGCACUGUUUGGUUGAUACUCAGUCCUCCUUUCCCAAUGGAAAAUCUAGGCACAUACAAGGAGAAGAUCAUCCUGGAAUGUGCAUUAGGCUCUGCUGUUGGCUUCUGGGCUGUGCUCGGGUACAUUGGUCUGCUGGCUGUUUUUUGCUUUGUGUUAGCUGUUCUAGCUCGAAAACUACCUGAUAAUUUUAAUGAAGCCAAGCUGAUAACCUUCAGCAUGCUGAUCUUCUGUGCAGUGUGGAUCACCUUCAUCCCAGCAUAUGUCAGCUCUCCUGGAAAGUUUACUGUGGCUGUGGAGAUAUUUGCAAUUCUGGCCUCCAGUUUCGGAAUGUUACUGUGUAUAUUUGCUCCAAAGUGUUUCAUCAUAAUAUUUCAGCCCGCAAAGAACACCAAGAAAUACGUAAUGAACAAAAAAUAA